UGAAUGAGCUGCUUUUCCAGAUAAAGUGAUAAAAAAUGUGGUCAAUGAGCUCCUCCCACCCAACUCGAAUAGAAAAACUGUUGUUUCCCACCGUACCCUCGGUUAUCACGUGGUUGAAUGGCAUUCCCCGUACUUUCUCUUUCUCCCCCCGAUGUAUAACUCUCUCUCUCUCUCGUACGCUGAGCUUUACAACGCGGUCCAAAACCAACAACAGUUGACACGUGUGCAUAAACCAUGGCACGUGCACGGAAAGCAAGGGGCGGGCCCCGGGCCUGGCUCUGGUUCUGGCCUCCUUCGCGCGAGUCUUGCCCGGUUGACCAGCGACACGAUUCGACUCCGGUGCCCGUUUACCCACCGGGCCGCACGCGUGCGUGCCUGUGCGAACUGGAUAACUCAGCGCCUGGGUCCCACCUUCUUUUCUUUUAUAUCCUACGUGGACGUUUCGAGUUUGUUCGGAUGGGCUGGUCCCCACUCUCAUGUACCCUCUACGAAUAAAAAGGAGCCAGCUGGUGUCCGACACCUGGGCCCACUACACUGCCCACCCAGAUGUUUGACCGGUCAGAUCAUGACGACCAUGCUUGAGAUUCGUGAAUUAAAUGAAACCGACGGUUGAGAUCUCUGUGUCUAUCCCCAUUCUGAACAGCCGACAUUUAACUCCCCGGCGGUCCAACCCGAGCUCAUUUAACGCGAGAUUGGACCCAAUUCGAAAUUGGUGAGUCUCGUGACGUGAACGAGGAUGGCUGAAGGCUUAUUAAAUGCACGAGAAUCCAGACCGCAUGUGACCCGCCCCCAAUCCGGGCUUGAGAUUCUUCACCAGAACCCGGUCCGCACGUGCGAACUCGGACAUAAGAAGAGCAGAGAGGCUUCUCACCCAUCCCAGCCACGACAAGAGGAGAAGUGAAAAAGGAUGAGGAGCAGAGAAGAACGUUUGGGUGGGAUGAUGAUGGAGAGUUUAGGGCCGUUGGAUGUGGCGGGAGUUCAGAUCCCGUAUCAUUUCCGGUGUCCGAUCUCACUGGAGUUGAUGCGGGAUCCAGUGACACUGAGUACGGGUCAGACUUAUGACCGGGCGAGUAUCGAGUCGUGGGUGGCGACUGGGAACACGACGUGUCCUGUGACUCGGUCGUCGCUCACUGAGUUCACGCUGAUACCGAACCACACGCUUCGGCGUUUGAUUCAGGAUUGGUGCGUGGCUCACCGGUCGCAGGGGGUGGAGCGGAUUCCGACGCCCAAGCAGCCGGCGGAUCCGUCGCUUGUCCGGCAUCUGGUGGCGCAGGCGGUGGAUUCGGGUCUGGAGGUGGAGAUCCGGAUCGGGGUGUUGAGGAGGAUGAGGGCGCUGGCGAGAGAAUCGGAGAAGAAUCGGGUGGUGAUGGGGACGCACGAGACGAGAUCCGCAUUGAUUGAAUUGGCGUUUGGGGAUGGGGAUGCGGAUCUGGGGGUGGAGGCGAUCGGGGUGCUGGCGGGGUUCGCGAUGACGGAAGGGGAGGCGGCCGGGGUUGCCGGAAGGGCGGAGAGAGUGGCGAGAUUGGCAAGGUGGGUGGCGGAAGGGGAAGCGAUGGAGGUGAGGAUCGCGGCGGCAGCGGUGAUUGAGGCGGUGGCGGUGGCGGGAGGGAGAGUAGCGUUGGGAGCGGCGGAAGGGGUGAUGGAGGGAAUCGUAGGGCUUGUGAAACAAAAGGGGAACACGAGAGGGGUUAUGGUGGGGAUUAGGGCGUUGUUUGCGUUGUGUUUGGCGAGGGAGAAUAGGGUGAGAGCGGUGGCGGCAGGGGCGGCGGAGGCGGUGGUGGAGAGAGUGGGUGAGAUGGGGAUGGAUUCGGAGAGGGCGUUGGCGACGGUGGAGUUACUGUGUAGAGGGGAAGGGGGGAGGGAGGCGGUGAUGGAGGUUGGUGGAGGGGAUGGUGCUGGGGUUGUGAGAGCGUUGGUAAGGGCGAUGGCGGGGAGAGCAGGGGAGAGGGCGGCGGAGCACGCGGCAGGGGCGUUGGUGGCGUUGGUGAGUGGGGCGGAGUUGCUGCAACGGGAGGCGGUGGCCGCCGGCGUGGUGACGCAUCUACUUCUAAUGGUGCAAGGAGGGUGCUCGGAUAGAGCUCGCCGGAAAGCCCAGUUGCUGCUGAAGAUCCUCCGCAAUGCCUGGGCGCCGUUGCAUCAAUCCAUGGCCAACUCCGAUGACUUCAUCCAGGCCUUCUAGAAGAAAAGAAGAAGAAGAAGAAGAAGAAGAAGAAGAUAACUCCAUCUCUUUCACUCAUCUUCAUUUUUAUGAAAAAUUAAAAAAAAAAAUAGAGAAAAGAAGCAAUUCAUAUAAUUUCUCUUUUUCUAUUUUA